CCUGGGAGGUCAGAGUUGAAAAGGGGGCGGAGGCGGAAGUGAGCCAGAACCAAACUUUUCUGGUUUAUACGAAGUGUGAUAAGGCAGUAAAUGCUGUUGUUAUGUUAUUCAGGGCACUAGCAGGGAGUGCCUGCACUCUUAUCGGAGCUGCGACAGUCUUAAAAUUAGCACCUGUAGAAGUCCAGGCCCAGGCAGCUGCUCUCCUUCACAGCGCCGUGAGGAAGUCAUCCCUGGUGGAACAAGCAAACAUGAGGAUUGAACUUCUCCCAGCACUCAGUGACAACUACAUGUACCUCCUGAUUGAUACGGACUCCAGAGAAGCAGCUAUUGUUGACCCGGUGGAGCCGAUAAAGGUUGUGGAAGCUGUUAGAAAACAUGGCGUAAAACUCACAACAAUUCUGACAACUCAUCACCACUGGGAUCACGCAAGUGGAAAUGAGAAGAUGGUGAAGCUAAUGCCUGGGCUAAAAGUCUAUGGAGGAGAUGACAGAGUUGAUGCUCUUACAAAGAAAGUUUCUCAUUCCCACAAUUUCAAACUUGGAUCGCUUAGCGUCAAAUGCCUGUUUACGCCGUGUCACACAACCGGUCACAUCUGCUACUAUGUGACAAAAGAGAACAGCACUGAGCCACCAGCUGUUUUUACAGGGGACACGCUGUUUGUGGCCGGCUGUGGUAAAUUCUUCGAGGGCACGGCAGAGCAGAUGUACAAAGCCUUGAUAGAAAUUCUGGGACGCCUGCCUCCUGAAACACGCGUCUACUGCGGUCAUGAGUACACUGUCAGCAAUCUGAAAUUUGCACGUCAUGUCGAGCCAGACAAUGAAGUCAUCCAGAAGAAGCUAGCGUGGGCAAAGGAGAAAUGCAGCAAUGGAGAAGCGACUAUUCCGUCCACUUUGGCAGAUGAAUUCACAUUUAACCCCUUUAUGAGAGUAAAAGAGAAGUCCGUCCAAGAUCAUGUAAAGCAGACAGACCCCAUUGAAACCAUGAGAAGUCUCCGGAAAGAAAAAGAUGGCUUCCGGGUGCCCAAGGAGUGAAGGCCUCUGCACUCAUGCUGACUUAACUGCUUACAACACUACAAGCUGUUAGUAGUAUCCUAAAGAAAAUCGACUAAUCUUCAAAGCCAUUUGAAAUAGACCUGCAGCAUUCUUUCUCUGUCAAAGCACACGCUUUUUUAAUCACCAUGUCCAGCCCUAAUAUGGCUAUAAACUUUUCUGUCACUGUUUUAAUCGUAUUUGGUUUGUUUAACCGAUGUUGGCGUGACAGUUUAAAGGAAUAUAUGGCCAUUAACUGAAUGCUUUAAAUGAGAAAUAAUUUUGUUAAUCUGUAAAUGGAAGUUUUAGAGUGUAUUUCGUAUUAUGUUGUAAUUUAUUGAUGUACAAACAACUACUUUCAAAACCUUUAACAAGACAGGGAAACACUUCAGUAACAAAUGUUGGAGUAUGUGUAAAAUUUCUGUAAAUUGAUAAAGUAAUUUCUUUGUCUGUAAAGAUUGGUAUUAAUGUUUUAUUCUGACCUGGAA